ACAAAAAAUAAAGUAAGGGACAGCAAUGGCAGAGGGUUUGGGAGCUUUAAGAUGAGAAACAACAAUUGAAAUUUCAUUUUAUUUCACUUUGAAGGUUUAAUCAAACACACUAGCAAGACUAGAGAAGCUGGGCUGUUUGCAGAAAGCAGAACAUGAGCCAUGCAGAACUGGAAAGAAAGAGCUCUCUGUGUGCUAUCACACAUAGAAAGUGGGAGGCAGGAGCUCCCCUCCUGCUGCAUUUGCUCCUGGUGGUAUGAGAAGGCAAAACCUGGGCUCACCUUGUCGGGUUGUUCCUGCCCUUUGGCACCUUGCAGCUGGACCCAUUCAUUUGGUGUUGGCCAAACUUGCUGCUGGCUGUGUGCUUUAUUCCUGUGGUUCGUACCACAGCUCUGGCUGAGGAGAACACAACAGAAUAUAAUUGCUAUUGCUCAGGGAGCCAGGCACAUGCUGAUGGCAGCUACUGAAAGUCACUGUGUUGCUUGCAAUUCAGUGCUAAUAUAUCCCAAGUGGGCAAAAUUACUACAGCUGCUUUUGUGCUGUGGGCAGAAUGGGACAUUGCAUGAACAGUGGUAUUCGGCCUCUUUCCCGAGACGCUCUAUCCAGACUUUCUGGAGCUGCCAACAUCUGGCUUCUUUACAAAGCAGAGUCUGAGAGAGGACAUCCUACCUCAAUUCCUGUGUCCCUGUGCCCCAUGUUAUGCCCUCCCCAGUUCUUUCUCUGUUCUUUCCUGCUUGGCAAAAUCAGACGGUGACACUUCCAAAGCCAACUAGCAGCACGCCCUGAGCAGCUUGCCCCAGCCCAUGGUAGCCUGUGCCUGAGUUGAAUGGGCUCGCUCAUUCUGGGCAAAGAAUCCCUCAGCAAAAUGCCAAAAUUCCCAGCACCCCUCCCUGUGUGGCGAAGGAGAUAAGGCUGCAGAUAGCAGGUAAAUAACUGCGUGGCAUUUCCUGCGCCUGCUGCCCCAGGGAGCCCUGGGUGCUGACCUUCCUCCACCGCUGUGUGCUGGAAACACCGGGGCGAUGGGACGUGCCCAGGUGUGGUUCAUAGAAAGGUGUGCGUGUGACAACGUGGGCAUGUGCAGCAGCUGAACAGAGGGCAUCCAGUUUCAUGUUUAUAAGUAAUAAAAACAGAGCGAAUGGAAAUAGAACACAAGUAGAAAGAAUUUCUAACAUUCUUAAAAACGAGAAUAAAUGUCAUAAUGAAUAAAAGUAGUGAAAACAUGUAUCAGUGUAUAAAACGUAUAAAGCACAAUAAAACAUAAGUCACGUCACGCCUGUGUGCAGGUACGGGGCUCUCCGGGCGGCUGCCGUGCCCACCUCCCGCCCCGACCCCCGGUCGAGGCCAGGUGAGCGGCGGCGCGGCCCGCAAGGAGUUACGGAAGGGGAGGAAAAAUGACUUCAUGCCUUUGCCUGGCCCGGCUCGCCUCCCCCUCCGGCCCCGUUUCACAAUCCCAUUGCUCUCGGACGGGCCGAGUGAGCGCUGUGUCAAACCCAGCGCAAGCACAGGGCACACACCCCCGUGUUCUCACGCCGGAUUUUCCCGGACCAUGAAUAAUCUCGAAGCCCCCUCGAUAAAUACACGUUCAGGGAUGCCCGGAGCUCAUUCGAUCCGCCAGCCUCCCCGACGAGCAGAGAAGCCGCACCAUGAACUUCACCGAGAGCUGCGAGGCGACGGGACGGCGGCCGGGGAGCGCCGGGAGCCGCAGCCGGAGUGCGCCCCGUCCCGGCCCCGCCGCGCUGCUGCUGCUGCUGCUGCCGCUGCUGCUGCCGCCCGCCGCCGCCGCCCCGCUGCCCGCCGCCGCCGACUCGUCCGGGGAGGCCGGGCUGGAGGAGGAGGCGGGGGCGCGACGGGCGCUCCCCGACUGCGAGUCGCUGGCCUGGCUGCUGCACAGCCGCGCCGCCCGGCUGCAGGACGAGGUGGGUACGGGGCCGCGGCGGGGGACCCGCGGGCUGUCCCGGGGCUCGGACGCGACGGCAGCUCUCGGUGUCUCUCCGCAGAUGUGCGAGAAGUUCUCCGUCUGCGAGAACAGCAUGGAGAUGCUCGUCCGGAACAACCUCAACCUGCCCAAGGUGACGGAGGAGGACGGCUGCCUGCUCGCCGGCUUCGACGAGGCAAGGAACCGCUCCGCUCCUUCCAUUGGGCAGCCUUCGGCCCACCCAACCCGAGCGCCGCUGAAUUCAGCGCGACGUGCCGGGAACCCCGAACUGCUGCUGAUGUUCUCACUUUUCUCUCCGCAGGAGAAAUGUCUGAGGAAGCUCUCCAGCGGCCUGUUCGCCUUUCAGACCUACCUGGAAUUCAUUCAAGAAACUUUUGCUAGCGAAAAGCAGAAUGUCGAAUCGCUGUGCUACGGCACAAAGCACCUGGCGACCACGAUCCGGCAGAUGGUGAUAAAUCCCGAUGAAGUGGUCAUCCCAGACUCAGCCACCCAGAAAUCCCUCCUCGCCAAGCUGAAGUCAGAUAAGGCUUGGAUAGAGAAAAUCACCACGCACCUCAUCCUCCGAGACUUUACUUCGUUUAUGGAGAAGACCGUGAGGGCCGUGCGCUAUUUGAAAAACACCAGGAGUUUCAGUGCCUGAAUGUUUUAGUUCGGGCACAGUCCUCUGUUACAGAUCUGUCACGUGGCAGAUGGCAGUGUUGUUCCGUUUCAGGAACCAGGUAGUAACAAUGGUUUGCAUUUAUAGACAUUCUCAUUUCCUUCUAGGAACCUAUUUAUUGUAUUUAAAAUAUUUAUUCUUUUCUAAUGUUUUCUAUUUAUAUGAAAUAUUUUCAAUAUUUAGAAAUAACUUAAGCAAAACACCUGUUUCAUUCUUAUGGUACUAUUCAGAAUAUCAACUUAUUUAUUACGUAUUCAAUGCCAAGGAAAAUGUCCAGAAGCCAGACUGUUGUAUAACUUAUGCUUUUAAAAUAUUUGAGAGAUUGUAUUUUUUAUCUAUUUAUAUUUUUUAAACAAAUAAAAGCUCACUGGAAAAAAAAAAAAACCCUGUCUGUCUGACCUGUUUGAAUUUUAAAUAAGACUGAAGAGCUCCACUGUAUCCAGCGUUUGAUGCCCGGAAUUAUCAAAAUAACCCUUUUAUAUAAAGUAAAAUUAAACCAGCUAUCUAUGAAGGCUGCUCCAAAAGU